AUGGACUGCCGGCAAUCUGCUAAACCGCGAAUAUACCAAGAACGUUACACAGAAGUAAUUUUAUCAAAGAUUCCGUGUUUCCACACGAAUUAUAGCUAUUUUCGUAUCAUCUUUUUUGGGGUAAACGAGUUGUUGCCUCUACUGUGCCUGGUUGCCUAG